UUUUCACUUUCAUCAUAGUUAAUCGAGGUCCCCUCGAUUAACUAUGCUUUCAUGUCGUUGCUCGUGUAUCACAUUACAUUCCCCAAAUUCCCGGAAACAGAUUCAUUUCAAUUUCGGAUUGUUCAACUGGAAAACAAUCACAGUGGAUUAGUAAUGUGCAGAAUUUGGCACUACCAAACCGACUGUGCAGAAACUGAAAGUUCGUCAAACUGCUGAUCAGUCGUUCGAGUUGAAGCCAGCGGAGGAAAGAAUGUUAAGCGCUGUGGUGGAAUUCCUUGUAUACAUCAUUGAAAGUUUCACUGGAAGUGUAAUCGAAAAUUACUCCCCAACAGGAUUUCAAGAAGCUGAUGAUGACCGAGGUUUACUUGAGGAAGAUAACCUUGCAGAUUUCACAAGAUUUGAUUCCCGCGGUGUCGAUACCGUCUUUCAAGAAUUCGAUCCCCCUGCAGGACAUGACGGCAAAAUGGCGUGGAAGUUGUCCCGACCUCCGUCUCUUAAAUUCCUUGUUACUUGUUUUAAGACGGUCUUUAAAAUGCAGUUUGUGUUUGGCUCUUCCAUCGGUUUGCUGGCGAUUGCCAUCGCAGUGUUAGAUUUCAACACCGCAGAUCUUUGUUACGAGAAGACAGCUCAAUGGUACAGCAUGCCACGAGUGAUUCAGAGCAUCCGUGUCACUAGCCAGUCGAUAGAAGGGUUCUUCAUUCAGCUUUGGCAUUUUUCCAUAAUGUUAUGUAUAUUUGGUUUUUCAUUUAUGAAAGAGCUUAACCUUUUCACGGUUAAUCUCCUUGCUGCUUUUACCGACUGUUGCUAUCGCCUGUAUCUACAAAUAUUUGGUAUCUACAAACACUCAUGGAUGAGUUACCCCUUAAAUGUUCUGUUUACCUCAAUGGUAAUGACGAAUAGCGUGAUCAUAGCUAAACAUAUUAUACCCGAGCAUUUGUACUCCAAGAAGACCCUAUUUAAGACCACAGGUCUUCUAGCCUUGCAGUUUAUAUUUGGCUUACCUAUUUGUUUCUUACUCGUCUACAAGAUCUUCCCAUGGUAUAACGAAAAAUCGGAGAUUGAGAAAGUGUUCAUCGCAGGUUUAAGCCCGUUAUUUCUAUCGAUCCCGAAAGUGAUUGUUCGCACAGCCGUACCAAAGUUCAACCUAGUUCACCCUGGAGUUUUGCACCUCUUGAUAGGUACUUUAUAUACUGCAGCAGCUUUUGUCUUCCGUAUUAUGCAGGCAGAGUUGGUAAGCUUUUGGUUAUUUGUCGCUUUGGGCGCUGGUCAUGCUGUGGUUGACCUCAUAGAGCGCUUAACAGUUUCCAUGAGGGAUUACAUCUGGGAAUACGCCUACAAACUACUCUCUCGCUGCUGCAGAUCACGCCCAAGAAAUUUUCCAGCAGGCAUAACCCGCACCCCUCGAAGUAUGCGUUUUGUUGCAGACGUUAGCAUUCAACUUGUCCUAACCGAAGCAAACGCCCUAGUGUCAGCGGUAGGAUUCAGCCAAUUGUACAAUUUCAUGUACCCAGAUGACUUCCAAACGCCUGAUGGUUACUUUGAGAGUCUCAUCUGGCAAUUCUUGGCUCGUUGCGUUACUGGUCUAGCAAUAGAUGUAUUUUUUAACACUGUAUCGUUGUGGCUGCAAGCAAUGUACCUAAAUGUUGCCGUGUUGAAAGUGUGGAGGAGUAAACAGUGGCGAUACCACGUCAUUUCCAACGUAGUUUGCACGAUAAUGGUAGUUUUGUAUUUCACAGAGUACCUGUUUGCAAUAGUUAGAGGCAAAAAUAACGGUAAAAAGUUAAAAAGGUUUGCUUUUAAUUGUUCUUUACCCUUUUCCAAAUUCUAAAACAGAAACUGUGGAGUUCCUCAAGUUAGGACAAGUUGGAAGUUAUAAAGUUGAAGUCAGCAACAAAUAACUGAGUUCUGUUUGAUGAAGAAAAUCUCAAAGCAUCGUCCUGAUUAGUCUAUUUAGAAACCUAUAGUUUUCCAAUGAUGAAAUCGUGAUUAGUUUUAGUUUUGCAUCUGAUUGGUUGAGAUGGUGGUGCACAUUUCUCUAGACCAAGCACAGAGUAAAGUAAAGUAGAAGUAAACCAAUCCUGGAUCACUUUUGCCACUCAAUUUAAAAUUUCUAUGUGCUCUGUAAUGCUAUUCCUCUGUGGACGAAUAGAACUCUGUAAUUGGGUUACCCUCAUCAUUUUACAGUAAAUGGUUUGAACCCGGGGGUAACAUUAAGCGUUUCCUGAUCCAGUCUGGGUGAGUGUCGGUAGAGGUUAAUGACGUUUCGACAGUCUGAGCGGAAAUCAUAAUCAGAGUUAAGUUGUUAUAAGUCGACGAUCAGACUACAGUAUCACCUUUACAUUUUGUCAAGUUUCUCUGAAACUAUACUCUCCACUCUUUGACCCUUUAGAGUGUUAACAGGGACCGCGCAGAGGGAGGGGGGGCUUAGCAAAAAUAAAAAUAAAUUAAACAAAAAAUAGUUUAACAAA